ACCGCUGUUUUCUCCAGUGAAAAAGGCCUCCUUACUGAAGCUAUGAUGGAAGAGAUAUUACUGGCUGCAAUACAGGCUAACCAACGUAAACAGAUCUGGCGUCAUCAUCGUCUGCCCGGGUAUAUUAGCCCAGAUGAGCCGAAUCAAGGAGAUAGCAGAAUUCCUUUAGGCUUGACUAAAGCCGAAAAAACGGACGGCGAAAAGAUUGUUAGUUCUGCGUAG